CACAAAUGCCAGUUGCGCCGCUAUGGUCCAUUUGUUUUUUCUUCAUGAUGAUUAUACUGGGAUUUGGAUCACAGUUUUCUAUCAUGGAGACAGUCAUGUCGGCAGUGAUUGAUUCAUAUCCUCACAUUCUUCGUACCAGUACUCUACGGACAGUCGCAUUCCGAGCCACGUUUUGUAGCCUAUGUUUCCUACUCGGCCUAACGAUGGUGACUCGGGGAGGCAUGUAUGUACUAAACAUCAUGGACGAAAGCGUUGGAGGAAUCACAUUGGUCAUAGUUGGAAUUGUAGAGUUUGUUGCUCUACACUGGGUGUAUGGUACGGAUCGAGUUUGUGAUGACAUUUACCUAAUGAUAGGCGUGCAGCUAUCUGUAUUUUGGAGAAUCGCUUGGAAAUACGUAUCUCCCAUCACACUCAUAAUUGUUAUUAUAAUGAGCCUGAUACAGUAUUCUCCCGUCACAUACGAAAUGCCCUAUGCAGAAAAUGGCGUGUAUAUUUAUCCAAAGUGGAGCAUGAUAAUCGAAUGGAGCAUCGUUGGCAUUCCUGUUUUCGUCAUUAUAGCAGCAUUCCUGCACGAGUUCUGCAGUGUGUCAGGAUGGACGGCGCUAAAGGAAGCCGCUCAACCAGGUUGGAACUGGGGACCAGCCGCCGAUCAACGCAACCUGCACAGUGGUGACUCUGCUAAACAGAUAUUUAGAAAUACCUCCGAAAUCAGCCUGUCAUCACUCGACCCUACUAACCUUGCUCUUAGUAUUGACAUGAACAACGGCAUUACGAACAACAGCUUUGAUCCUACACUAGAUAACAUUACUAGGUAUUAGCACCUCGUGAUAUUAGGGAAUGUGCAAUUGCAUUAGCAUUGGUAGUUUCAGUUGUCGUUGUCGUUUCUUGCAAUAAUUUACCCUCUUGGUAGAUAACGGCGACAUUUGCUUUAUUUCUGCAUGUAUCGUAUCUGAUCAUGCUUUGCUAGAAACUCCCAUCACUACGUAGAGCCAUUAUCGUUAUCAUUAGACAUGUGCACUUAGGAUGAAGAUAGGGACAGGGGUAGCAAUGUUAAGGGACAAAGAGAUAAGGAUAAGGAUAAUGAGGCGCUUGUUGAGGAAGUGCUGCGCCAUCGUCAGAUAAAAUUCCGUAAUUCACCGGUGGAACAUUUCAUGAAAUAAGUGCGGCAGUAAGCCAUUUGUACCGAUAUGCUAUUUGCAGUGAUAGUAUUGGUUAUAAUUGAUAUAAUGGAUAUUAUACAGUUGAGGGUAUUUGCAACCUUCCUGUCUCAUCUAACUAUAUUAAUCGACUACCAAUUUAGUGACGCCACAAAUUAUAAUCAGAAUUUUUUUGUUUCGAAUCGGAUUACUUGGUCAUGUAAUUACAAUGUCGAUAUCUAUGUCACGCAGCACACCAGCAGGUGUAUUAUAGUUGUGAAAACGAGAAGAGGAGUUGAGUGUUGAUUUAUCGA